GCUGCUGUCUCGGGCUUGUUUUGAAGGAAGUGAGCAGAGAAAAGAAAAGAGAAACAGGACCGGGCCGGAACACGCAGAUUAUUCAAUAGUCGGUCUAAACAGGCGCGUUAAUAGCGGCAGCCUCGGGGAAUUGUUUAUUAAGCCGAAUUGAUUUGAUAAACCUGACAUAGUGUCAUAGCGGAGGAAUAUUUAACUUGUAAAUAAAUCAGGAACCGACAAAACAACAGUGACACAGCGAAGAGGAGUCAGCGUUAGCAUUUAGUGCUAGCUUGUUUGCUAAAACACUACCGACGUUCGCCGUUACUUCUGUUUUAUUUCUGAACUAAGCUCCUGACACAAUGACCUCGAGGAAGAAAGUUCUGCUCAAGGUGAUCAUCCUCGGAGACUCGGGAGUGGGAAAGACCUCUCUGAUGAACCAGUACGUGAACAAGAAGUUUAGCAAUCAAUACAAAGCUACAAUAGGCGCCGACUUCCUGACAAAAGAGGUGAUGGUGGACGAUCGGCUCGUCACAAUGCAGAUUUGGGACACAGCAGGUCAGGAACGUUUCCAGUCUCUGGGCGUGGCAUUCUACCGCGGCGCAGACUGCUGCGUGCUUGUCUUCGACGUCACGGCGCCGAACACGUUCAAGACGCUGGACAGCUGGAGGGACGAGUUUCUGAUCCAGGCCAGCCCUCGUGACCCUGAGAACUUCCCCUUCGUAGUGCUUGGCAACAAAAUCGACCUGGAGAAUAGGCAGGUAACCACUAAGCGAGCACAAGCCUGGUGCCAGAGCAAGAAUAACAUCCCAUACUUUGAGACCAGCGCAAAGGAGGCCAUCAACGUAGAACAAGCUUUCCAGACCAUCGCACGCAACGCACUCAAACAGGAAACCGAGGUGGAGUUGUACAACGAGUUUCCAGAGCCGAUCAAGCUGGACAGAAACGAGAGAGCCAAGCAAUCACCGGAGAGCUGCAGCUGCUGAAGAUGUACAGGGGGCGCUACUGAUCACCCUCCACCCUCUCUGGCCUUGUUCCUCCUUUUCCUUCUUUACACAUCUGCCUCUCUCUAUCUUUCCCUCUUCUCUUUCCACUUUUCCCUCAAUGUAAUCACUGGCCUUCAUAGAGCAGGCAGGCUUCCUCUUCUAGAAUAUACCCUAUACAAUUUGCACUCACAGUCACUCACACACACACACACACACACACACACACACAGCAGUGCUCAAUGGGCUUUACAUGAAGACAUAAUGAAUAAAGUGUUUUGGUGCACAAGUAAUUUCAGGCCCUCAAUAGUAGCUCUUUUAACUAUAUUCUUGUCAACCCUUCUUCAUACUUGCGGUUUUCACUCACACACAUUCUCUCUCUCUCUCUCUUUCUGUUCCUUCUGAAACUCUCAACACUUGAAUGCUUUCUCAGACUUUUUUUUUUAUAUACAUACACCACCACCGUGUAAGAUGUAAUGCAGAUUGAUGGGGCUGUGUAAUCUACAGAUUGAUUAAAGCUCUGUGUUGAUAUCGGGACUGUCUGCUCUCUCUGGUUCAACGGGAGGCUUGACGUGUCACAGCGUCCAUCUCCUACAAAGCAUGCUGUUUUGCUUUAUUUGCUUUUCACUAAUUAAUAUGCAGUGUCACCUCUAGUCAUCAACAAACCUGGUGGUAUGGGGAUACGACUAAAGGUCCAACACUAAAAUCAGUAUCGUAGCUGUGACGUUAGAAUUCUAUAGCAUGUUGGGAUUUUUUCUUUUUAAAUCAUCCCUCCUCUGAGCAGGACCGCUUUCUACUUACGGCUAGCGACAAGCAGACGCUUCACUGCUUUUUUUUGUUUUGUUUUAAGUCUCACUCCACCUCAAGGUGGCAGAGGACCGGUUGGCAUCCCUUGGAUAUUUUACUAUCUGUUCAUUUUCUUAUGAUUUAUUAUUGAUUAUUAUUAUUGAUUAUUAUUAUUAUUAUUAUUUCUAUUAUUAACUCACCUGAAUAAGUGGAAAAAACCCCACAGAACUGCUGAAUAGUGAGGACAUCUGAAGCAUUCAUGACAACUAAUGAAACAUUUAUUACAGCACAGCAUAUACAUUGUUUGAAAAUAAAUGUAUUUCAAAAGUAAUUAAAAAAAUAAUAAAAAAACAAACUUGUUGGAUAAA